AAAUAGGAAAAUGGAUUUCGCUGCGUUAAUGUCCAAGGAGAUUUCCAAGGCAAAGCCCAAAGCUGACGCCCAGGAUCCCUCCAAAUCCAAAUACACCCGUCGCGGCGACCUCGAGGCCGCCCGCAUAGCUGCCUACAAUGAAGAACAGGAGCGACUCAGUCGCGAACGCGAAGAACGGCUCGCUCAGAAACGCAAGCUCGAGGACGAAGAGGCUGAGCGCCGUCGAGAGCGUGAGGAUAAGAAGCGCAAACUGGCUGAGGAGUCGCGGAAGAAGCGUGAAGAGGAGGAAGCAGCCCGUGAGCGAGAGCGAAGGAAGAGACUGGGAUUGCCGGAAUUGCCACCGACUGAGGCAGGAGAUGAUAAAGAUGCGGACAAAGACGACGAGGAGGAUAUCCCUGAGGAGGACUUGUUGCAAAAGUUGCGCGAGUUGGAGGAGCCGGCCAUAUUAUUCGGGGAGACACACAAGGGACGUCUACGACGGUAUCGUCGAUUGGUACAGCGGGCGUUGACACCGCAGCAGCAGUUGUCAGAUGGUCCGAUUCCCACGACGUUGGAGCUGGUGCCAGAGGUCGAGAUGAAGAUCCCCGAGAAGAUGCCCAAGGACCUGGAGGGGAAGAAGUUCCUCUUCCGGCAGCUGGCGUCGUACUUUAACAUGGUGCUGCGGGAGUGGGAGCUGGCCCUGGCGAAGCGAGAUGUGUCGGUCAAGCAGAGCUUGCAGGGACGACAGGCCUACAAUGCCAUGGUGCAGUCGCGGGAGAAUAUGAAGCCGCUGUUUCGCAAGUUCGAAAAGGUCGAGAUCGAUGACGGAGUGCUGGAACAUGUGGUGGAGAUUGUGUCCAAGGCGCAGCAACGGCGAUAUGUCGAUGCCAAUGAUGCUUAUUUACGUUUGAGUAUUGGAAAAGCUGCAUGGCCCAUUGGUGUAACCAUGGUGGGUAUCCACGAGCGAUCCGCACGAGAGAAGCUGCAUCAGAGCGAUCAGCAGGCCCAUAUUCUGAGCGACGAGAUUACUCGAAAGUACCUGCAGAGCAUCAAGAGAUGUCUGAGCUUUGCGCAGACGCGGUGGCCUCCAGAUGACCAGUUGCAGAUUAUGGGCUAGUCAGGAAGUGGGGGGAAGUGUACGAUUAUGGCAGCUACCCUAUACCCUUGUCCAUGAAGACUGUGACAGCUCCUAUUCUUUAUAUAGGCUAUAUUUCUGAAACUUGAACCUAUUCAAGGAAUGUCGCAAUGCGCGUAAGGGGUCGAACCCUGUCCACACGAGUGAGAAUCGUACCAAAGGUUGGAGAGUUGACUUGCUCGCGAAAUCUAUAUCUUAUGGUCACUCGGGCUUCCUCCCAUGCCCCUCACCCCAGAACGAUUACUCAACGCGUGCAAACCAAGGAUGCUCCAAGGCCUCCUUCGCCGUGAUCCGUUUCAUCGGAUUAAUGUAUGUCAUCUUAGCC